AUGUCCUAUCCGGGUGAGCCGCUCCUGACCAUGUCCUAUCUGGCUGAGCCGCUCCUAACCAUGUCCUAUACGGCUGAGCCGCUCCUGACCAUGUCCUAUACGGCCGAGCCGCUCCUGACCAUGUCCUAUACGGCCGAGCCGCUCCUGACCAUGUCCUAUACGGCCGAGCCGCUCCUGACCAUGUCCUAUACGGCCGAGCCGCUCCUGACCAUGUCCUAUCCGGCUGAGCCGCUCCUGACCAUGUCCUAUACGGCCGAGCCGCUCCUGACCAUGUCCUAUACGGCCGAGCCGCUCCUGACCAUGUCCUAUCCGGCUGAGCCACUCCUGACCAUGUCCUAUCCGGCUGAGCCGCUCCUGACCAUGUCCUAUCCGGCUGAGCCACUCCUGACCAUGUCCUAUCCGGCUGAGCCACUCCUGACCAUGUCCUAUCCGGUCCAGCCACUCCUAACCAUGUCCUAUACGGCUGAGCCGCUCCUAACCAUGUCCUAUACGGCUGAGCCGCUCCUGACCAUGUCCUAUACGGCCGAGCCGCUCCUGACCAUGUCCUAUACGGCCGAGCCGCUCCUGACCAUGUCCUAUACGGCCGAGCCGCUCCUGACCAUGUCCUAUACGGCCGAGCCGCUCCUGACCAUGUCCUAUCCGGCUGAGCCACUCCUGACCAUGUCCUAUCCGGCUGAGCCGCUCCUGACCAUGUCCUAUCCGGCUGAGCCGCUCCUGACCAUGUCCUAUCUGGCUGAGCCGCUCCUAACCAUGUCCUAUACGGCUGAGCCGCUCCUGACCAUGUCCUAUACGGCCGAGCCGCUCCUGACCAUGUCCUAUACGGCCGAGCGGCUCCUGACCAUGUCCUAUACGGCCGAGCCGCUCCUGACCAUGUCCUAUCCGGCUGAGCCACUCCUGACCAUGUCCUAUCCGGCUGAGCCACUCCUGACCAUGUCCUAUCCGGUCCAGCCGCUCCUGACCAUGUCCUAUACGGCUGAGCCGCUCCUGACCAUGUCCUAUACGGCCGAGCCGCUCCUGACCAUGUCCUAUCCGGCUGAGCCACUCCUGACCAUGUCCUAUACGGCUGAGCCGCUCCUAACCAUGUCCUAUCCAGUCCAGCCGCUCCUGACCAUGUCCUAUCUGGUCCAGCCGCUCCUGACCAUGUCCUAUCCGGCUGAGCCACUCCUGACCAUGUCCUAUCUGGUCCAGCCGCUCCUGACCAUGUCCUAUCCGGCUGAGCCACUCCUGACCAUGUCCUAUCCGGCUGAGCCACUCCUGACCAUGUCCUAUCCGGCUGAGCCACUCCUGACCAUGUCCUAUCCGGCUGAGCCACUCCUGACCAUGUCCUAUCCGGCUGAGCCACUCCUGACCAUGUCCUAUCCGGUCCAGCCACUCCUGACCAUGUCCUAUCCGGUCAAGCUGCUCCUGACCAUGUCCUAUCCGGCUGAGCCGCUCCUGACCAUGUCCUAUCCGGCUGAGCCGCUCCUGACCAUGUCCUAUCCGGCUGAGCCGCUCCUGACCAUGUCCUAUCCGGUCCAGCCACUCCUGACCAUGUCCUAUCCAGUCAAGCUGCUCCUGACCAUGUCCUAUCUGGUCCAGCCGCUCCUGACCAUGUCCUAUCCGGCCGAGCCACUCCUGACCAUGUCCUAUCUGGUCCAGCCGCUCCUGACCAUGUCCUAUCCGGCUGAGCCACUCCUGACCAUGUCCUAUCUGGUCCAGCCGCUCCUGACCAUGUCCUAUCCGGCCGAGCCACUCCUGACCAUGUCCUAUCUGGUCCAGCCGCUCCUGACCAUGUCCUAUCCGGUCCAGCCACUCCUGACCAUGUCCUAUCCAGUCAAGCUGCUCCUGACCAUGUCCUAUCCGGCUGAGCCACUCCUGACCAUGUCCUAUCCGGUCCAGCCGCUCCUGACCAUGUCCUAUCCGGCCGAGCCACUCCUGACCAUGUCCUAUCCGGUCCAGCCACUCCUGACCAUGUCCUAUCCAGUCAAGCUGCUCCUGACCAUGUCCUAUCCGGCUGAGCCACUCCUGACCAUGUCCUAUCUGGUCCAGCCGCUCCUGACCAUGUCCUAUCCGGCCGAGCCACUCCUGACCAUGUCCUAUCCGGUCAAGCUGCUCCUGACCAUGUCCUAUCCAGUCAAGCUGCUCCUGACCAUGUCCUAUCCGGCUGAGCCACUCCUGACCAUGUCCUAUCUGGUCCAGCCGCUCCUGACCAUGUCCUAUCCGGCCGAGCCACUCCUGACCAUGUCCUAUCUGGUCCAGCCGCUCCUGACCAUGUCCUAUCCGGCUGAGCCGCUCCUGACCAUGUAUUUUCCGGUCGAGCCGCUCCUGACCAUGUCCUAUCCGGCGGAGCCGCUCCUGACCGUGUCCUAUCUGGUCGAUCCGCUCCUGACCAUGUCCUAUCUGGUCGAUCCGCUCCUGACCAUGUCCUAUCUGGUCCAGCCGCUCCUGACCAUGUCCUAUCCGGCUGAGCCACUCCUGACCAUGUCCUAUCCGGCUGAGCCACUCCUGACCAUGUCCUAUCCGGUCAAGCUGCUCCUGACCAUGUCCUAUCCGGCCGAGCCACUCCUGACCAUGUCCUAUCUGGUCCAGCCGCUCCUGACCAUGUCCUAUCCGGCUGAGCCGCUCCUGACCAUGUCCUAUCCGGCCGAGCCGCUCCUGACCAUGUCCUAUCCGGCUGAGCCGCUCCUCUGA